AUGGCAGUAGAAGGUGAUAUUAGGCACGUUGCAGUUCUUGUAUGUGAUACUCCCAUUAGUGGGAUCACUGAAAAGUUUGGCGAUUUUGGUGAUAAUGUUGUUGAUUUAUUACAAAACGCUGGAAACUGUCAAUAUCCCAUGGUGAAAUACCAGGUAGCUUUUGAUUCUAAUGAAGAAGCUAGUUAUCAGGGGGAUUUGAGGAGGGUUUACGAGAGAUUAACGGACCAAAUGAUGGGAGGUUUUGUUCAGGGUGUUAUUGUGAGCGGAUCAAGAAGCGAUUCGUUUGCACGGGAGGUUCCAUGGAUCGAGAAACUUGAUGAAUUUCUCAAAUAUGUUUUUACGUUGGAACGCUUCCCUGUAGUUGGUAUCUGCUUUGGUCAUCAAAUGAUAGCAAAACUCUUAGGCUGUAAGGUCGGUAGAAAUUCACCAGAAAAUGGUUGGGAAUGUGGAACUACUACUAUCAAUUUGAAUACGGAUAUUUUGGCCAUUAAGGACUCGCCAUUUCUCAAUGUGUUGAAAACAGAUGAUAGUGGAGCUGUUAUUGAUCACUUGAAUGUAGUUGAGUUUCAUCAAGAUAUUGUUUAUGGAUUGCCACCACCAGCAGUCUUCGAGAAAAGAAAGACCAAUAUUAUGUCUAUUGGUUCGUCCAACAAAUGUUCAAUUCAAGGGUUAAUAACUGAAUCUGGCCCAUUGAAGAUAUUGACUUUUCAAGGUCACCCAGAAUUUAGUACUGAAGAGGCUAAAGAAUUUUUGAAAAAGAAUUUUGAAAUGGGUUUACUUGACAAAAAGCUUUUUGAGAAAUGUACCUAUAAUACGAGCAUAUUAAAUAAUCAAGGCUUUUUGCUUGGAAAAGUUAUUGGUAACUUCAUCAAUUUAUUCAAUAAAUAG